GCUUUUUCUGACAUCAGUUUGAGACGCUUUUGGGAAGAAAAAAAAACAGAUCUGAGGUUAAGAGAGACUAUUGGAAUCUUGGGCCCGCCCAACUUGUUAGUUAAGGUAUGUCAUCUAGAAAUCUGAAGAUGAUGAGAGAGCUUCCGUUUGAAUUAGUGGUGGAAAUACUGACUAGGGUUCCUGUGAAGGAUUUAUUGCGGUUUAGAUGUGUCUGCAAAAGUUGGCGAUCUUUGUUCAAAGAAGAGAGGUUUUGGAGACAGCACAUGACUCAUGCCCCAACGAGGAUUGUGUCCUUUGGUUGGGAGGAUACUCUACACGGUCGAUUUUCUGAAAACGAGAUGAAGAUGAUACUCGAAGAGGUUAAGAUUAACGUUGGAGAUGACAUUGCUUGGCUUACCGAUGCUACUGCAGUAGUUGGUCACGCCCAUGGACUGCUUUGCUUAUAUUUUCAAGGCAACGUUUUUGGUCUUUGGAACCCUUCAUUGAGAGAAUUAAGAACAAUACACCCACCUCAUCUCUAUACCUGGUAUGAGAUGGGUUUUGGCUAUGACCCCUCAAGUCAAGAUUAUAAGCUUGUGUUGGUUCUAAAAACGCAAGGCGAGGGCAGCCGCUCCUCUCAAGCACUUGUGUUAUCCUUAAAGUCAGGUGCGUAUCGGAUGAUUGAUUGCCUGUGUUUGGAAAACUUUGACAUGGUCCACAGUACGACUGCUGGAACCCGGGUUGGUGAAAUUAUCUACUGGCAGGUAUGGGGUGAUAAUUUAAAAGUAACUGAGAAGCUUUUGAGCUUUGAUUUGGUGUCUGAGACAUUCAACUUGUGUCCACGCCCACGUCCCAGUAAUCGUGGUAUAGGGUUUCCUCGACUUAUAGCGGGAUUGAGAGGAGGUGGUGGUCUAUCUACAGUUGGGGUUGACGACAUGUCUAGUAGUGGUGGUUUAAUCGUUUGGUCUGCCCAACAUGAUGCUGCUGGUCGUAUCAAAUCCUGGAGCAAGAUUUGCAGUCUCUCGCUUGCCUUUCUUGAAAUCUCGACUGGUUGUCCUCGUAUCGAUAACAUCUUUCUAGCGUCUGCGAUGACCUAUGCAGGAUUGCUAUUAGCUCUUGUAACAUUUGGAGGAGAAGAAAAAAAAUUGCUUUCCUACAACUUAGAGGACAAAAGUUUGACACUUGUUGAAACUAGUGUCUCCCUCUCUAUAUGUGGGUUUCUUCGCACCUAUGUUGAAACGCUUUUCCCCGUCCCUAUUCCUGACUGGAAUCCUUAAAAUUGGUCAUCAUUUGUUUGUUUGUUUUGUCUUUUUUUCCAUGUAUAAUUUUAGUUUUCUACUUCAUCAUUCGCUAGCUAAUUAAGGAUAAGGUUCUUUUUUAUUUAUGAAAAACGAUUGAAUGUUGAAAAGGGUGCAACAAGUUCACUUGCUUGUUGAUGAAUCAAGAAGUUCAAGUCUC